AAGAAAGAGGAAACAAAUACAAAGUCUAAUUUACAAAAAAAAAAGCUUACAAAUCUGGGUGGCGGGUCAUUUCCAAGUACAGCCGUCGUAGUUGACGGACUUUGAUGGCCACUCGAUCUUCCUCCUCCUAUAAGAAGAGACACACCAAGCAGCGAUCAAUGCCUCCUCAUCUCCCGACUCCUGCUUCUCGCCAAUUCUUCUCUUCUCGGAGGAGGAUCUUGAUGAUGACGAUCCCUCUUGCUCUCUUCUCCGCCGCCAUUUUUCUCUUCUUUAUGCCCUUCAACGGCUCCGGAAGAUCGUCUGAUUCCUCGUUGGGUCUUUUAUCUACGAUCAAUGAAAUUGAAGUUGUUGCUGAGUUUCCUCAUGAUCCAAACGCCUUUACUCAGGGUCUUCUUUAUGCAGGAGACGAUACAUUGUUUGAAUCUACGGGUUUAUACGGACAGUCUUCAGUGAGGAAAGUGUCUCUCCAGACAGGAAAGGUUGAAGUGAUCGAAAAAAUGGGGGAUAAGUACUUUGGAGAGGGUUUGACGCUCCUUGGAGAAAGCCUCUUUCAAGUUGCAUGGCUGACGACCACGGGUUUCUCUUAUGAUCUAAGCAACUUAACCAAAGUAAAACCAUUUAAACAUCAUAUGAAAGAUGGAUGGGGUUUGGCUACCGAUGGACAAGUGUUGUUUGGAAGUGAUGGCACUUCUACACUUUACCGGAUGGACCCUCGAACAAUGAAAGUUACUGAUAAGCAUGUAAUCAAAUAUAAUGGCAUUGAGGUACGAUACCUUAACGAACUCGAGUACAUAAACAAUGAAGUUUGGGCGAACGUGUGGCAGUCUGAUUGUAUUGCUAGAAUUUCACCCAAGGAUGGAUCGCUACUUGGAUGGAUACUUCUUCCCGAAUUAAGGUUAGUAUUGUCUCUUCUAACAUGUAGUAUUUGUGUAGGAUAUAAACCACUGUGUUAUAGAAUUGAUCAUUCUUCUUUUUUUUUUCUCCGCAGACAAGGAUUGCUGCAUUCUGGACAUGGGCGUAUUGAUGUCUUGAAUGGUAUAGCAUGGGACAGCGAGAAGAAGCGUCUCUUUGUAACGGGGAAACUGUGGCCGAAGCUGUACGAAAUCAAGCUAAAACCAGCAGCAGCAAAGAGCGAGAGACAAAUCGCGCGACAAUGCUUGGUAUGAAAAAAAAAAAGAUAUGUGGGGUAAUUGUUAGAAUGUACACUGUUAUACACCAUACAUUCUCAGCAGUAGCAGAAAAGUGUAGCCUGAAGGGGUCCAUGACCCAAGUUGCAUUUACUAGUUUUGUAUCCUUCUCUAUUCCAUCUUGGGGUCCGAAAUAAAAAUAGAAAAAUAACAAUA